AGGAGGUUGGGGCACACAGGAACUUCACCCUGCUCCUGCUUGCUAAUGUUAUCAUCCACAGCUGAUAUACUCAAGCAUGUAAAUGCAGGCAGAGAGAUCUCUCCUGAAGAUGUUUCCACAAUCAGGGAAAUCGAUUGUCUUUGACAACUUUCCAGAUCCCACUGACGCCUGGGACAUCAUCGAGACAAUCGGGAAAGGGACCUACGGAAAAGUCUACAAGGUGCUAAACAAACUUGAUGGAAGUAAAGCGGCUGUAAAGAUACUGGACCCCAUCCAUGAUAUUGAUGAGGAGAUCGAAGCAGAGUACAACAUUCUCAAAGCUCUUUCUGACCAUGCCAACGUUGUCAAAUUCUACGGGAUGUACUACAAGAAGGACGUGAAAUGUGGAGACCAGUUGUGGCUAGUACUGGAGCUCUGCAAUGGUGGCUCUGUGACAGAUCUGGCUAAAGGCAUGCUGAAGAGGGGAGACAGAAUGGAUGAAGCCAUUAUUGCCUACAUCUUGCAUGAGGCCCUCAUGGGUCUCCAGCACCUGCACGUCAACAAGACCAUCCACCGUGACGUCAAAGGCAAUAACAUCCUGCUAACGACACAUGGAGGGGUCAAACUCGUGGAUUUUGGUGUUUCAGCCCAGCUGACAAAUACCCGUCUGAGGAGGAACACCUCUGUGGGAACUCCCUUCUGGAUGGCUCCUGAGGUGAUAGCAUGUGAGCAGCAGCUGGACUCAACCUACGACGCUCGCUGUGACGUCUGGUCACUCGGCAUCACCGCCAUAGAGCUGGGAGAUGGAGACCCACCCCUCUCUGAACUUCACCCAAUGAGAGCCCUUUUCAAGAUACCCAGAAAUCCUCCACCUACUCUCCACCAGCCGGAGCUCUGGUCAGAUGACUUUAAUGACUUCAUCUGCAAAUGUCUGAUUAAGGACUUUGAGCUGAGACCAAAUGUGCUAGACCUGCUCCAGCAUGUGUUCAUCAAACAGAUUGUUGGCAGAGAGAAAAUACUGCAGAAACAAUUGAUUGAACUCAUUGAUCUCAACCAACAAAUAGGAGUCAUCGAAAAAACAAGCCAUCAUGGAAAGACAGAAAGAAGCACAGACAGUAAUGACAGGCAUGAACGCAUUCAUACUAAAAGAGGAGGCCAUAUGAAGACACAGACUGACCCAGAUGAGGUGGACGACCUCGCCACCCUCGAACUUCUAGAUGAGAACACGGUCACAGAGCAGCUCCAGAGCCGCUAUGGACGAGAUCAAAUCUACACGUAUGUGGGAGACAUCCUCAUCGCAGUCAAUCCUUUCCAUAAGAUGGAGAUAUACACCCCUGAGUACACCAAGAUGUACAUAGGAGCGAAGCGUACAGCUAAUCCACCACACAUCUUCGCUGUGGCUGACAUCGCCUACCAGUCCAUGGUGUCAUAUAAUGCAGACCAGUGUGUGGUGAUCAGUGGGGAAAGUGGAGCAGGAAAAACAGAGGGUGCUCAUCUGUUGGUACAGCAGCUGACAGUUCUCGGAAAGGCUAAUAAUCGGACACUCCAGGAGAAGAUCCUGCUGGUCAAUAGCCUGGUGGAGGCAUUUGGAAACGCCUGCACCGUCAUCAAUGACAACUCCAGCCGCUUUGGCAAGUACCUGGAGAUGAGGUUCACCUGCGGAGGAACAGUGGUUGGAGCACAGAUAUCUGAGUACUUGUUGGAGAAGUCGAGAGUCAUCCACCAGGCAGUAGGAGAGAAGAACUUCCACAUCUUCUACUACAUUUACGCCGGCCUGGCUGACAGGAAGAAACUCGCCCACUACAAGCUCUCUGACAACAAAACACCUAAGUAUCUGUGUAAUGAGCACAUUAAAUUAGGGCCUGACAUAGUGAGCAACACCUUCUACAAGGAGCAGUUUGAUGCGGUGGAGCAGUGUUUCAAAGUCAUUGGAUUCACCCUGGAGGAGCUGGGCAGUGUUUACAGCACUCUGGCUGCCGUCCUCAACUCCGGCGAUAUCGAGUUUUCUCCGGUUGCCUCGGAGCACCAAACUGACAAGAGUGACAUCUCCAACAUUUCUGUCCUGGAGAACGUGGCAUCACUGCUGUGCAUCCGCUCAGAUGAGCUCCAGGAAGCCCUGACCUCCCACUGUGUUGUGGCCCGGGGAGAGACGAUCGUCAGGCCAAACACGGUAGAAAAAGCUGCGGAGGUGAGGGACGCCAUGAGCAAGGCUCUCUACGGCCGUCUCUUCAGCUGGAUCGUCAACCGCAUCAACGCCCUGCUGCGGCCCGACAGCAACCUAGGAGAGAAUGACAAGGGCUUGAACAUCGGCAUCCUGGACAUCUUCGGUUUCGAGAACUUCAAGAAGAACUCUUUCGAGCAGCUCUGCAUCAACAUCGCCAACGAGCAGAUCCAGUUUUACUUCAACCAGCACAUAUUCGCUUGGGAACAGGAUGAGUACCUGAAUGAGGAGGUGGACGCUCGGAUGAUUGAGUAUGAAGACAAUCGGCCCCUCCUGGACCUGUUCCUGCAGAAGCCCAUGGGGAUGCUCUCACUUCUGGAUGAGGAGAGUCGCUUUCCGCAGGCCACCGACCAGACCCUCGUAGAGAAAUUUGAAGAUAACCUGAAGACGAAAAGCUUCUGGAGACCAAAGAGGGUCGACCUCGGCUUUGGUAUUCACCACUACGCUGGGAAGGUGAUUUACAACGCUGCAGGCUUCUUGGCCAAAAACAGGGACACUCUACCAGCUGACAUCGUCCUGCUGCUGAGGUCGUCAGAAAACGAGCUCACUCGCAAACUUGUCACCCAUCCCCUCACCAAAACAGGCAACCUUGCCCACACCAAGGGUAAAGGCAUAAACACAAUGCGCAGCCCGCGGACCCCGACACGCACCAUCACCUUCGCCAAGCCGGGUGAACCCACAGACCAGCCUUACCACCCGAGAGAAACCACCAAUAUGAGAACACAGACAGUGGCCUCGUACUUCAGAUACUCUCUGAUGGACCUGCUGUCUAAGAUGGUGGCAGGGCAGCCUCACUUUGUUCGCUGUAUCAAACCAAACAACGAUCGCCAUGCCAAUAAGUUUGACCGGGAGAAGGUGCUGGUUCAGCUGCGAUACACCGGAGUCCUGGAGACCGCAAAGAUCAGAAGACAGGGCUACUCUCAUCGCAUUCUGUUUGCUAACUUCAUAAAGAGGUACUACAUCUUGGCUUUCCAUGCUCAUGAAGAGCCGGCUGCGACUCAAGAAGCAUGCGCUGCAAUACUAGAGAAGGCCAAACUGGAGAACUGGGCAAUGGGGAAGACUAAGGUGUUUCUCAAAUACUACCACGUUGAACAUCUGAACCUGAUGGUGCAGCAGGCCACACAGCGGAUCAUUCUGCUCCAGGCUUAUGUCAGAGGCUGGCUCGGAGCAAAACGAUACCGGCGGAUAUUAAAAGAGCGAGAACAGAGUGCUCUGGUGCUGCAGUCAGCUUACAGAGGUCAUAAAGUUCGGAAGAGGGUGGCUGAUGACAAAAGCAAAGCAAAGUUUGAGGCCUUCAUUGUCCAGUUUCAGGCUGUUUGCAGGGGCUAUCUUGCAAAAAAGAAAUACAAGGAGUUGGUAGAUGAGAAGAACAAAGCUGCGACCAAGAUUCAGGCUCGCUACAGAGGGCACAAGGAGAGGAAGAGCUUCAAAAGAAAACGGGAAGCCAAAGAGAAAGAGAAAGCAGAGAAGGCCCUUAAAGAACAAGAGGAAGAGACUCCUGAACCAGAGACGAUCACCAGUGAAGAAAAACCUGCUGCUCCUGACAACGAAGUAACAAAUGAGGAAGACGAAACUAAGGCUGCGGUGGUUCUCCAGAGCAACUUCAGAGGCUACAAAGAGAGAAAAAAGUUUAAGGAGAGGAAAAAGACGAUGGCUGGGGCCGAGCUAGAGUUACCACCAAACGUAGUGACAGAGCAAGAGGAGCCUACCAGCAAAGAGGAGGAAGGGGAGAAGACAGGUAAUAAACAAGAGGAGAAUGAAGAUGAGGAGGAAAGUACUUAUGAAGCAGAAGAGAAUGAUGACAGUGAUCACACGCAGGUGCCAGAGGAUGACGAACACACAGAACUGGCAGAUGAAGCGGUUAUUGAGGAUGCACCGGCAGCAGAUGCUGUAAAAGAAGAGCAGGAGGAGGAUAAGAAGGAGGAGAAUCGUCAAGAAAAAGCUGCAGGGGAAGAGGCUCCUAACGUAGAAGAAGAAACCAAGGCUGCCACUGUCCUCCAAAGUAAUUUUAGAGGUCACAAAGAGAGGAAGAGGUUGCAGGAUGAAGGCAAGAUCCCAGCUAAGAAACAGAAACCAAAAAGUCCUACUGCUGAAGAAGAAGUGCCCACAGUGAGCAGCCCUACAGGUGAGGAAGAUGUGCCCCCAGCUCAAGCACCAGCAGAGGAAGUCAGCAGUGAAGCAACAGAAAAGGAAGAAGAAUCAACAGUAGCUCAAGAUGCUGCAGAUGUUUCUUCAAGCGAUGUCAAGUCAGAGGACCCAGACGAGGCCAAAGCAGCUGUGGUGCUUCAGAGUAACUUCCGCGGCCACAAGGAGCGCAAACGACUCGAGGAGGAAGGAAAGAUCCCGAAGAAGAAGAAAAAGAAGGAGGAGGAAGUUACACCAGAACCUCCAAGAGAAGAAGAGGAACAGGUAGUGCAGACAGAAGAAUCAGUGCCAGAAUCCCAGCCGGAUGCUUCUGCUGAGAGCCCAGAGGGACUGGACGAGGAAAAAGCUGCUACAGUCCUUCAGAGUAACUUCAGAGGCCAUCGGGAUCGAAAGAAACUGAAAGCAGAGAGGGAAAUGAAAAACAAAGCAAAGGAAGAAGCUGCCAAUGAUGCAGAAGAGGAAACUAAAGAGGAGGCAGAGGAAGCAGCCCUGGAUGUUGAGGACGUGAUGAUAGAACGUAAAGAGGAGACAGAUGCUGAAAAAGAGAGACUGGAGGAAGAGCAGGCUGCAGUGAAGAUCCAGAGCAACUUCAGAGGGUACAAGGACAGAAAGAACCUGAAGGCCAACAGGCAGACAGCGCAGACAGAAGCUUCACAACUAGAGAACUUCUCCAAACAGAUCACAAAGACUUCUCAGGACUUUCUGGCCCUGCAGCAGAAGUUGAAUGAGAUCAUCCAGGCCCAUCAAUCAAACCCCGAGAGCAAUGGCAUGUUUGUGAGAGGAAAAGCAAUCAAUGGCUAUGCUCCCCAGAUUCACCAAUCAACAGAGAAGAGAAAGUCUAGGACCCCCCGCCGGACCCAGCAGCCAAAGACCCUCAACACACCAGAGGACUCCACCUAUUACACCCUGAUUCAUCGGUCCGUCCAGGAUGAUAAACGCAAGCCCAGGAAAGAGGAUCCAGGGAAGCUGCUGGAUGUGGAUGACCACUACUACCGUGAACUGUCCACCAGCAGGUCUGAACCCUGCAUCCCCACAGAGGAGACGCCACCCAGCAGCCUGCCCGAGAGACGGCAGUCCAUAGAGAGGAGAGGGUCUACAGAGACGAGGCGGUCCACAGAGCAGGAACCAGCUGCUGCCAGCAGACAGACCAGAGAGAGGGCCGUCACUGAACCAGCACCUCCCAAACCUGUCAGUGACAACAGGCGCUCCGUUCCCAGAAUGCCCUCCACAGAGAGUCGGACUGACGACAACCCGUAUGACUUCAGACAUCUACUGAGGAAGACCUCACAGAGACGAAGGCUCAUCAAACAGUACUGAUCACACGACUGAACUUUUUUAGCCAUUUGGCCCAUAAUCUGUCAGGAUCUGAAUGUGGCAGUGUGUUAUCACGUGUCAUGCUACAUGAUAUGUGAGUAUUUGAUUCGUCACAGCUUCUUCAUAAACCUUUGAAAUGAAACAGAAAUGAAAACUGCAUUGAUUAUAAGUCAUCGCUGUUCUUAUUAAUCUAAAAGCAGGACAGGAUGAAGGUUAAUGUAAAUAAUAAAAUGUCACGUACUUAAAUCUGUAAAUGAAGGUUUUAUUUAUGUCAUUUGUAAACUAGGCGUUUUUGCUCAUGUUUGCUGUAUCCUUUCCUCUCUGGUUUGGUAAAUAUUGUGUUUGAGGUUAUAUAUUUAAACUAGAAUUGUGUAAAAUAUCUAGAGAUCGUGUAAAUACAAAAGCCAUGCUCUUUCACUUGAAUACUUUACAUUUCAAUCCAUUUUGAAGGAUGUAUUUUCUGAAAAAAAAAAAAAAAAAGCUGCUUCAGUGUUGUCACAUUGUAAGAAAUGUACAUUCUCUCCUCUGCUGUAAUCUCUGUUUUGUUCAU